UUUUAUCUUUCAUAAUACAGUUGCAAAGUUGGCUUUCCACUUUUUUUGAAUAGUGGGUACAUCUCAAGAUAUCAAAAUAUUGAUCUUGCUAUGCUCAAUUUACUCAUUUAUUGACUAAAAGCCGCAAACUUUAUUGAUAUUUGAAAUGGAAGAGCGUAUGAAGAAGUAUAGACAGUUGAGUCCAGAGAGAGCCAAAGUGUGGACCGAGAAAUCACCAAAAUAUCAUCAACAGCAACAACCAAAUGAUGGAAAAGUGCCAGUGGUAUACUAUCUUUGCAGAAAUAGACAACUUGAGCAUCCUCAUUUCAUGGAAGUACCCAUAUCUUCCUCGGAUGGCCUAUACUUGAGAGAUGUAAUCAAGAGAUUUAACGUUCUGAGAGGCAAGGGAAUGGCUUCGUCGUACUCUUGGUCCUGCAAGAGAAGCUACAAGAAUAGAUUUGUGUGGCAUGAUCUUUGUGAAGAUGACCUAAUUCUUCCUGUUCAUGGUAAUGAAUAUGUUCUAAAAGGCUCAGAGAUUUGUGAAGAAUCCAAUUCAGGUCGCUCCAGUCCCGCGAAAAAUGAUAGAUUGUCAAAUCCAAAAGAAUUACCGGAAUCUCCAGCUUCUAGAAGCCAAGAUGAUCCCUCUCCUCCAUCUAGCACGAAUGAAAGAUGUGCAAAUAAUUCUUGUGAUGGUGAAAAUCCAAGUUCUUCGGAUAUUUCCCCAGAGUCCUUUUCUGGUAAAUGUUCUUCAUGUAGAGAAAGCAUGAUCAAUAAGACUGAUGGCCUGGCUGAUGCCUCCACUAAGACUCGGGAAAAUACAAGCAGUACUAAUACGCCUCAUGAUACUUUUAAAAGAGGUGUUUCAACAAAUGAUAGGUCUUCAUCAGGGGUUGAAAAUAAUGAAAUACGCGUGGAGUCAGCUGCACAUCCACCAUCAUCUAGUGGUAGAGCAGAUAGCUUGAUAUCUCUCAUCAGAUCAGAUGUUAGCAAGCUCAGCAGCUUUAGGGCUAGACAUGAAAACGGGGAGUGUAGCAUUCCAUCAGCAAAGCUAAAGCCGCAUAAUAUGCUAAUGCAACUAAUUUCUUGUGGAUCAUCAAUUUCAGUAAAGGAUCAUAGAUUUAGCCUUAUAGAACAUAAGUACAAGCCAAGUUUAAGUUUAGGAAAGCUUGAUUGCCUGACAAGGAAUCUGAGGCUGGAAGAGGAGGAAUAUUUCUGUGCAAGCUGGACAGAGUCUACUGCUAAGAGGACAAAUAAGCAGCCUGCUGGAGAUUCGGUUAGAAAUAAAGAGGGGCCAAGCUCCAGAUGCUCAAAGUCCAUUCAACAUUCCACCAAUGCUUCCCUGAAUAAUGGUGCCAAAAAAUGAGUCGUUGAGAUCCCGUCUUCCUGAAGGCCCGAGCAUCUCAGUUGAAGGAAAACUGGAAUUAGCUACGAACUUCGUUGCUAAUCCUCACUAAAUUGCUUGUAGUUAGCUACCAGAUUUGUUUGAUGAUCCAUCGCUAAAUAGAAUUAGCGGAGAAUUUUGCUGUUUAGCUAUAGAAUUUGUCUGCCGCUAAUUCCUGUUGUUUUAGUAGCGAGUAAACAGUUUCAUAACCAUUACUUCUUGCAGAUCAGGUUGAGCAAGUGAGCGAAUCAUAAAGCCUUCAUUGAGAAAGAAACAGCCCACUCUCACAGAAAUGAGAAAGAAAAUGUGCAAAUUGAAGGUCA